AUGGCGCCCCGUGAUCGCCAUCCGCAUUUCCCCUCCGAACCGGAAACUGCGCCUGAGGCCAAGGAGGAAACUGGAGAAUGGGAAAGAGCAUCUACUGUGAAGCCAGACGACGAUGCUCAGCAACAAGCCGAGCAUGUCGGGAGCACAUUGCCUGAACAGAAGGCCGAAAAGGACGCCGAAGACGAACCAGAACCCGAGACUUUUGACAAGAUCGAAAUCACCGAAGACGACUGCUACAGCGAACUGGGCUACGCUUAUCCCGAGUGGAAGAAAUGGAUGAUCCUCACCGUAAUCUUCCUGGUCCAACUAUCCAUGAACUUCAACACUAGCCUCUACUCCAACGGCCUGAAAGGUAUUUCGCAGGAGUACCACGUCAGCGAGCAAGCUGCACGAUGUGGUGCCAUGAUCUUCUUGGUGCUCUAUGCCUUUGGCUGUGAAUUGUGGGCGCCCUGGAGCGAGGAACUCGGUCGAUGGCCCAUUCUUCAGCUCUCGUUGACUCUUGUCAAUAUUUGGCAGCUCCCCGUCGCCUUGGCCCCCAACUUCGCAUCCAUCAUGGUGGGAAGAGCUCUUGGUGGUCUCAGUUCUGCUGGAGGCUCGGUGACCCUGGGAAUGAUCGCCGAUCUGUGGGAUGCUGAUAAACAGCAAUUCGCCGUCGCUUAUGUGGUCUUCUCCUCUGUCUUCGGUUCCGUGCUUGGGCCCAUAGUCGGCGGCUUCGUUGAACAAUAUGUCAGCAGCUGGAGGUGGACGAUCUGGAUCCAACUCAUCUUCGGCGGCUUUGUCCAGGCCUGUCAUUUCUUCCUGGUCCCGGAAACACGUUCGACCAUCAUUAUGGAUCGAGUUGCAAAGAGAAGACGCAAAGCGAACGGUGAAAAUAUCUGGGGCCCGAACGAGCUCGAGCCAUUCAGUGACCGCUUCUCCGUCAAAGAAAUCCUUAUCACCUGGAUCCGGCCGUUCAAGAUGUUCCUGACAGAGCCCAUUGUGCUCACACUAUCGCUACUCAGCGGUUUCAGCGACGCACUCAUCUUCAUGUUCAUUCAAUCUUUCUCCCUGGUGUACGCGCAAUGGAACUUUGCUGUGUUCGCAGUUGGUUUGGCCUUUCUGCCCCUGGGGAUUGGAUAUGUUAUUGCGUGGAUCUCGUUCAUUCCAGCCAUCAAGCGCAAUAUCCACGAGAGAGAGUCCAAGCCCGGCAACGAGAAAGCUCAGUACGAAUCACGGCUCUGGUGGCUGCUCUGGACCGCACCUUGCCUGCCGAUUGGCUUAUUUGGAUUUGCCUGGACAAUCCAAGGACCUCCAAUUCACUGGAUCGGCUCUAUGAUCUUCGCUGCUCUUGUUGGUAUCGCAAACUAUUCCAUCUACAUGGCUACCAUUGACUAUAUGAUAUGCGCCUAUGGUCCAUACUCUGCAUCUGCCACCGGCGGUAAUGGAUGGUCCAGAGAUUUCCUGGCAGGCGUACUUACUGUUCCGGCUACACCAUUCUUUACAAAUAUCGGAGGGCGCCGUCAUCUCAACUACGCUUGCACCAUUCUCGCCUGCAUUUCCACCCUCCUCGUCCUGGCCGUCUACGUCAUCUACUACUAUGGUCCCACCCUUCGGAAGCGAUCACCCUUCGCGCAAUCCCUUGCAGAUGCACGCGCCGAUAACGAAGGUCGCCGCCUGUCGUACUUGAAUUCUGCUUCUGGCACCUCGGGUUCUAGGAGACUCUCGAGGACGAGUACGGGCGCGUCGAGAGAAGCGAAUUCAAGGAGGACAAGUCAGGCCGACUUUGUCAGAAGGCAGAGUAUGCCGAGAAUGGGGAGCGGGAUGGUAAGAUAG